AUGAGUUUUCGGAUACGACCAUGGCCAUCGACAUGGCCUCUCCUGUUGUUGUUGUUCAUUGUUGUUGUUGAUGUUGUGUUGGCCACAGAUGAGGAGUUGACCAACCGUGCCACCCUCAAACUCUCAAAACGGGACGAUCAGCUAGCCAGGCGGAUCGCACGAUCACACGGCAUGGUCAUCAAGGUGGGUGGAGAUAUUGGGUUGGGUGGUAUAUUGUAGUAGAUGACAUAUUGUAGUAGGUUAAGCUUGAAAAAAUAGCUUUAGAUGAAGAAUUAGGGGUGGAAUUUGGGUAAGGCAUGUUUUCUGGAAGAGGAAAGGCUAUGGGGAGUAUUUCGUUGAUAAAAAAAUUUUGGAGGGGUAUCCACCCAAUAGCAAUCUAGCUUUAUAUUAUAGUAGCCAAGGCUAAAACUUCAAAAUUUAAAUUAAAAAAAUUACUUUCAGGGUGAACCCUUCCUCGACUCCCACUAUUUCAUGUAUCAUGAACAAGGCCAACGGGUGAAGCGCGAAACAAUCGAUCUGAUCGGCCAACAAGACCAGGUCGAGUGGGUGGCAGCCGACGUGCCAAAGAAACGGGUAAAACGUGAUUACGUUGGCGAUCACAUGGUAUACGGGCCACGAGAGGAGAGACAAGCUCUACCCAUUCCACGACUACCCUUCUCCGAUCCCCUGUAUCAAGAUCAAUGGUAUUUGGUAGGUUUUGGCUGUGCUUUGAGGUUUUUAGGUAUAAUUUGGCAGGAUAUUGUAGUAGAUUGGGGAAAAGUGGUGAAAGAUGUCAAAGUUUACUAGAAGAAAUUAAAAAAUCAAUCAAAGGUUGCUUUUUAUUAUAUUUUUGCGAUUUUUCAAUGAUAUGCACAUCUACUACAACAUACUCGACUUUUGAUGUUUGUACAGGCAAACUCAAGGUUCAGCUGAGGUGUUUGGACAGGCUAACAUUAAGUUCAAUAUAUUAGGAGUAAAAUUUGUUUAAACAAGCUGCUUUUAAAUUGUAGUGUUUGUUUGUACAAGCUUUUAUAUUAUGUUAGGUUGUUACAAAGGAUUUUAAAGAAUAUUUGAUGGAAAACCGAUGUUUUUCUUGUGAAAACUUGAGUGGACGACAUAAUAAUAUUAUAAUUAGGCAUUUAGCAUGAUUAUAAUUUAUAAAAAUAGAUCAGUAAUGAUGUUAACAUUGAAAAACUUGGGUAAAACCUGAUUUUCGGCCAAAAAUUGAAGAAAAUUCACAAACUUUCAAUAUUUUCCUUGACAAUUCGAUUUUUUCAGGUCGGCCGAGCCGUCGGAGGCUACGACAUGAACGUACGCGAAGCCUGGAUGAUGGGUCUUGCCGGUCGCAACGUUUCCAUCUCCAUUCUGGACGAUGGAAUUCAACGUGAUCACGCUGAUCUGGCCCAGAACUACGACCCUUUAGCGAGUACGGAUAUCAACGACCAUGAUGACGACCCAACUCCACAGAAUAACGGCGACAACAAGCACGGUACACGAUGUGCUGGAGAAGUUGCCGCGGUUGCGGGCAAUAACGUUUGCGGCGUGGGAGUUGCCUUCAAGAGUAAUAUCGGAGGAGUGAGGAUGUUGGACGGUCCAGUAUCGGAUUCAGUUGAAGCUGCUUCACUAAAUUUAAGACAAGAUCACAUUGAUAUCUACUCCGCAUCAUGGGGACCAGAAGACGACGGCAAAACCUUUGAUGGCCCAGGAGCUUUGGCCCAAGAAGCCUUUUACAGAGGAAUCAAGCGCGGCCGAAACGGCAAGGGUAAUAUCUUUGUCUGGGCCAGCGGAAAUGGAGGCUCAAGGCAAGAUUCCUGCUCAGCUGAUGGCUACACAACAUCCAUCUACACAUUAAGCAUCAGUUCGGCCACUUUCGACAACAAACGGCCUUGGUAUCUUGAGGAAUGUCCAUCAACGAUAGCUACAACAUACUCAUCAGCCAACAUCAAUCAACCAGCCAUCGUGACAGUUGACGUGCCUAGUGGUUGUACCAAAAUGCACACAGGAACAUCCGCGUCAGCCCCUCUGGCCGCCGGCAUCAUUGCUUUGGCCAUCGAGGCCAAUCCAGCUCUGACAUGGAGAGAUAUGCAACAUAUCGUACUCAGGACGGCAAACCCCGCCCCACUCCUCGGAAAUGCGGGUUGGACCGUGAACGGGGUUGGAAGACAUAUCAGCAACAAGUUCGGCUACGGAAUUAUGGAUGCGGGCAAGUUGGUAAAGCUGGCCAAGGUCUGGAAACAGGUACCCGAACAACACAUGUGCACAUAUGAAUAUAGGCUGGAAAGACCAAAGUAAGUUGAAACAGGAGCUUUAAAAAAUUGUUUAAAACGGCAUUUGGAUGACGCAUUUUCUGGACGUCUAGAAAAUGUGUCAUCGAACAACUGUUUGUUAUAAUCGUCUGCAGACGCGUCUGGGUAACUUAAAAUUAUUGUAAAAUACGUUCACUGCGUUAUUAAUCACUUCAAAAUUUUAGCCCAAGACCGAUUGUCGGCCGUUUCAAGCUCAACUUCACAUUGGAUGUGAACGGAUGUCGCGAAGGAACGCCGGUUUUGUAUCUUGAGCACGUUCAAGUCGUCUCAACUAUCCGAUAUGGCAAAAGAGGAGACUUGAAGUUGACUCUAUAUUCUCCAAGUGGCACUGAGUCGGUUCUGUUACCUCCACGACCUCAGGCAAGUUUCGUUCGUUUUGUUGGAUUUUUAGGCAUUUUGGUCAUGGAUAACAUCAAGUUCUUGGUGUUUGAAGGAUUUUUAAAGGUGUUUUGGUAGCAAAAUUGACGAGAUAUUGAAUAUAGCGUAUUAUAAAAGUAUUUUUAUGGCUUUAAAUACCGAAAAUGAGCUUGAAAACAUUAAAAACAACAAAAUUUAUUGUGAAUAUUGGGCAAAAAAGGUAGUGUUUAAUAUUGUUUGUUUUACAGGAUGUAAACCAAAAUGGCUUUCACAAAUGGCCUUUCCUAAGUGUCCAAACUUGGGGAGAAGAUCCACGAGGAACGUGGACACUGAUCGUGGAAAGUGUAACUAACAAUCCAGCUGUUUCUGGUAAGUAAAUUAACAUCGACCAAUUGCUUUAAAAUAGAAAAUUUUAAAAAGUGAAUGAUAAAGUAGAUGAAGAGAUAGUAUUUUAUAGCCAGAAAGCAAGAAAAAUGUCUUUUUUUAUUCUGAAAAUUUUUCAAUAAUUUUAUUUUAGGCAUGAAAUUUGAAAAAAUCGUCGAAAAUCAAAUUUCUAGCCCAAAAAAGUUGAGGAAAAUCUUUAAAAAUGCCAUUUUAGGUAUGAUCAGUGACUGGACGCUACUGUUGUACGGUACCGAGUACCCAGCUCAGCCCAACGAUCCCAGGCACAGCGAGAAUCCGGUGGCGUCCCGCUUUAAACCCUCAUCUCAAGGACAGUCAAUGUCAAUCACAUCUCAAGUAAGUCGACUUUACGGUAGAUUAACACUUGCUUCUCCGGGUCUUUGGUUAGUUUUUGUGGAUUUUUGGUCUUGAUUUUGCAUUUGUUGUGGUUUGAAGUAUUUUUGGUACUAAUUGGGGCUUGUUUCACUAGUUUUUGAGCUGAACUUUGGAGGUUUUUGGCUUAAAUUAGGAUUUUUUUGAAAUUUUUUGAAAAAAAAAUUAAAUUUUUUGAAAGUUCAAACAUUCUUUUUUUGAAAUUUUAAGAAGAUAUGCUUCAGUACAGAAUUUAAAUUUAACGAAAUGACUAAAACAUGGAUAACAUAAUAUAAAUUUGAAAAACUUUUAAAUGUUUUGACCUACUAUAAUAUAGCUAAAACGAAAUUUCCUUUAAUUUUUCAUUAUUUUUAACAAUUUCCACGCACUUUUAAUACCUAAUUUUUAAUUUUUUGAUUUUAAUGUUUAUCAUUUUAACGAUAACAAUGUCGUUGUACAGGGUGUGCGGAACUUCGUGUUUCUCCGGCUUCUGUAUAUAAUAAAAGGCGAGUUUUUUGGGGGCACCGCAAUAACUUUCUUUCCAACCAUUUUUUUCCACUUUGUACAGAACACGGAAUACGAAACGGAAGCUCCGAGCACCCCUUUCAGUACGAUUUGUACCAUCUUUGACCUAUUUUUGUUGUCUGUUGUAUUCUGUGGACUGUCAACGUGAACAUUGAUGUUAUUGUGGACUGGGGUAAAACUUGGACAGGAAAGGGUAAAAAUUGGGUAGGGAGGGUAAAAGUAGAUAGGCGGGAUAAAAUAGUGUUAGCUUACUGAGGAAAGACGAUGGGAAAUUGUUUUGGCCGAAAAGCCAAAGAAAAUCUUGAAAAAAAAGUGGAUCAUGGUUAAUAUGAAGCCCCAUAACUUAGCUAAAACACGUAGAAAUAACAAUAUUUUGGACUAAAUAGCUGUAAAAGAUAUUAAAAUAACUAAAACAACGAAAAAACUCGCCAAAAACACGAAAACACCCCGCACACCUCGGCAACGACACCAGUAUGCUCUGAAUAACAUGGUUAACGUUCAGAUCUUCACCACCUCGUGGCUUCUGUUCUUUGUCCAAAUUGUGACUGUGAGUUUGGUCGUGAUCAUUGGCUUCUUUUCCCUCUAUCAGAUUUGUCGACGAAAACCCAAAAAAGCGACAACAACUAGUCGAACCGAGGUUCAGCCGACUCAGACCGCCACCGAGAUGCAGGACAUGGCACAUUCGGCGUUGUAG